AGAGAGGUAGGCUGUUUUUUCCCUUUGGUGACGUGUGCCAAAGUAAGCAAGAUAACUUGUUGAACAAAGUGCACCUGCAUUUGAAUGCUGCUGAUUUUCACCAAGAAGCACACCAGGGAGAGCAUACUUGCAGAAGCACUGAUCUGUGGGAGUUCUGAAGGCUGAAAAAGGCACAAAUCCCAACGUUUUUAAGAUGAAGAUCUCUGAAAAUGUCUUCUUCCUUCUCUUGGUUCACUCUGCUCUCGGCCUGGAACGUGUGCGGUGGUGCACCGUGUCUAACCAAGAGCUUUCUAAGUGCAAGGACAUGAGUAACGCCUUUGCUGGGGCUGGCAUCCUUCCCCCUUUGGAAUGCAUGGAGGGAGAAUCAGCUGCUAACUGCACCCAGAUGAUCAAGAACUACUUGGCAGAUGCAGUGACACUGGAUGGUCGUUGGAUUUACCAGGCUGGAAAGGAGUAUGGCCUGAAACCUGUGGUUGGAGAAGUAUAUGAUCAAGAGAUUGGAACUUCAUAUUAUGCCGUGGCUGUGGUAAGGAAGGGCUCCAACAUCACCAUCAACAGCUUGAAGGGCAUCCGCUCGUGUCACACGGGCAUCAACAGAACUGCAGGUUGGAAUGUGCCCGUGGGCUACCUAAUUGACAGCGGGCGCCUGCCAGCAAUGGCGUGCGACCUCCCAAAAGCUGUUAGUGACUAUUUCAGUGCUAGCUGCAUUCCUGGAGCCAACAGUGCCAACUAUCCCACAUCCCUCUGUCAGCUCUGCAAAGGGGAUUCAUCUGGGCAGAACAAAUGCCAAGGAAAUUCACAAGAGCAGUACUAUGACUACAGCGGGGCUUUCAGGUGUUUGGCUGAAGGUGCUGGAGAAGUUGCUUUUGUGAAGCACAGCACAGUGCCUGAAAAUACUGAUGGAAGAACUCUUUCUACUUGGGCCCAGCAGCUUCGCUCCAAGGACUUCCAGCUUCUGUGCCGCAACGGCAGCACGGCUGAUGUAACAGAGUGGAGAACCUGCCACCUGGCCCGAGUCCCAGCUCGUGCCGUGGUUGUACGGCCGGACACAGACGGGACAGCUGUCUUCCAGCUCCUGAACCAGGGACAACAAAGAUUUAAUGGUGUAGGCACCCAGUUUCAGAUGUUUGACUCCACAGCUUAUGGUGCCCAGAACCUUAUGUUCAGAGACUCCACCACAGAGCUCGUUGCAGUCACGUCUCAGAAUUACCAGGCAUGGUUGGGUGAUGAGUAUCUUCAUGUCAUGCAGGCCCUGAGCUGUGACCCCAACACAUUGCCAGAAAGCCUGAACUGGUGUGUUGUUUCCACUGAGGAGAUUUGGAAAUGUGGUGAAAUGGGGACUGCCUUUAGGAAUAAGGAUUUAAAACCAGAAAUCCAGUGUAUUUCAGCCAAGACAAAAGAAGAAUGCAUGGAGAUGAUCCAGAAAAAGGAAAUUGAUGUUGUAGCUUUGGGUGGAGCUGAUAUUUACAUUGCUGGGAAGACAUACGGCCUUGUACCAGCUGCUGGAGAAAGUUUCUCUGCUGAAGACAACAAUAAUGCAUACUAUGCUGUGGCAUUAGUGAAACGGAAUCCAUCCAAUGCAUUCACCAUCAGUGACCUGAAAGGGAAGAAGUCCUGCCACACAGGACUGGGGAGAACUGCUGGAUGGAAUAUCCCCAUUGGCAUGCUAAUAAAGAAAGGCUUUAUUAAUCCCAGAGACUGUAAUAUUCCUCAAGCUGUGAGUGAGUUUUUCUCUGCCAGCUGUGUGCCUUCGGCUGAGCAGGAUAAUUACCCAUCAACGCUCUGUCAACUGUGUAUUGGAGAUAAUAGUGGAAACAAUAAAUGCAGUGCAAGUAGCCAAGAACGGUAUUAUAGCUACAGUGGAGCCUUCAGGUGCCUGGCAGAGGACGCUGGGGAUGUGGCCUUUGUGAAGCACUCAACAGUGUUUGAGAACACAGAUGGUAAGAAUACAGAAAGUUGGGCCCAUGACUUGAAGUCCAGUGAUUUCCAGUUACUGUGCCGGAAUGGGGCCCGUGCUGAAGUCACUCAGUUUGCUCAGUGUCACCUGGCUCGGGUGCCAGCUCAGGCCAUUAUGGUUCACCCAGACACCAACAUUUUUGCUCUGUAUGGACUACUGGACAAAGCUCAGGACUAUUUUGGAAAUAACAGCAACAGAAAUGGAUUCAAAAUGUUUGAUUCUUCAGCUUUUCAAGGAAAAGACUUGAUCUUUAAGGAUUCUGCGGUGAAGAUAGUGCCAGUAGAAGACAGGAGAACAUAUGCAGAAUGGCUGGGGAGUGAAUAUAUUGAGUCCCUUGAAGGGAUGCAAACACCACAGUGCUCUGGGGCAGGUAAUAAGUUAAUACAACAACACCUACUAGUGAUUACUUUUAUUCCCUUCAUUAUUUUAGGUCAGUUACAGGGCCUGGGCUAACAUGGUCCAAAUGGCAACUUCCAGGCCACCCCACCCUGGCCUAGCACCUUUUCUUCAGAUGAACUGCUGUCUGGAUAAUAUGUUGUGCUAACAUUUUAAAGCCUCUUCCUGCCACUUUGCAGGCAAGGUGCUUAUACCAUUUGCUCAUUGGGAAGUGGGGUGGGACUGGAAGCUGCCGCUGUUCAUGUGGAUGGGGUGGAAUUUGAGGCAGAAGCCAUCAGUACUGUGCCAACAUGGCUUACAAGAUCAGUCCAAAUUGAAGUACUUCUGUCAUCAUUGCUGAUGUUGAAUGAUGCUGGGCUGAAGGACUCCCAGGUGCUGUUAGAUGGAUACAGGUUUUUUGAUCUGUAGAAGAAUUUCUGCAUCUUGGAAGGCAGUAUUAAAGUUUUGUCUAGAGAUCCACUCUGGCCUCCUUGCUGGUAAUGUUCUGACUCCUUCAUCCCUGCUUAUCCUAUUCUCACCUUGCUGGAGGCAACAGUUUCUCCUGAGUUCUGCUGCCAGAAGAGGUAAGUGCACAGAGGAUGGACAGGCCAUGGACUGGGAGAGCACCUGCAGUCCAGAGUACCACCUCUGCCAUGUACAAGGUCCUCAACCUCCCAGAAGAAAGCAGGGGGAAUCUCCAAAGUCACUGGAGGAAAAGUUAAGCCAGAGAGACUUGGAGGGACUGCCUGCUGGCAGAGGAGAAAGAAUGAAGUUCAAAGUCUUCCUCCACUGAGCUCCUCGACUUUCCGCAACCAGUAUGCUCACUGCUUCAGAGAGAUGUCCUUUUCCCUUGAAAUCUUUGCUGCCAUUUCCACCAGGAAAUGUGGCUGUCCUCCUUCUACAGGGGGUUAUUUGAGUGCCUGUGAGCAACACUUCUGUUUUCUGUUAGUGAAACAAAGUAGCUCACUACUGAUUACCUGUUUCCAUGGCAAGAGGCUUGUAGCACUCAGUUUUUAUUUUUAUCCAUAGCUGCACUAACAACACGUGCUGCUGCGCUGCUGGCAGGCAGCAUCCUCCUGACCACAGCCGCCACCUCAUGAGCCCGGGAUGUAGAGAGAUUCAGCGUAAUAAAAUAUAUAUAUAUAUAUAUGUAAAAACAUACUGUAAAUAAAUGUAACCUGAGAAAUAAACAAGAGAAGUCAGCA